CUCCGGGGCAGGAACCCCAGAUCUGCCCCCCCCAGGCUGUGCAGACCCCAGAUCUACCCCCCACUACUCCCUUCAAGGGGCAGUUAACUCCUACCCCACACACAAACACCCUAGGGUCAAUGCAGACCCCAGAUCUACCCCCUCCCCCAGGCCAGCCCUGGUACAUCACGGCUGAAACCCAGACCCUCCCCCCCAUCACUAUACUAAUGCAUCCCAACCCAGAUUCAAUGAACCCCAAAGCCAGCCCACCUACCAUACAACUCCCAGCCCUGCUCUUCCCAGGUGUCAUGCACCUGAGUUUAAUGCACCCCAAACCCAGCACUCCCCCAUCCUGCAUACGAUGCAACCCCCAGCUCUGCAACGCCCCUCAAAGUGUAUCGCACUCCACACCGAGCCUGUGUACCAUAGAACUUCAGCCCUUCUCAGCUCCUUGGGUGUACUGCACCCCAACACCAGCCCAGCUCACUGCCUGUAAACAGUGGAAAACACCCACUUCCCAGGCUGCUGGAGCCCAGCCUGCCCCCCAUCCCACCCGCCUGGAAAGGGACAGGGCAGCAGGCUUCACUACCAGCCCAUGGUGCUGCGUCUCUGUGAGCCGGUGCACAGCGAAUGCCUUCUGUCCCAGAGCUGGCUGCAGGCCAAGCAGCACCAUGUCCCUGAACCCCCCCACCAGCAACGACGCCUGCCUGAGCAUCGUCCACAGCCUCAUGUGCCACCGACAGGGUGGGGAGAACGAGACCUUCGCCAAGCGGGCGAUCGAGAGCCUGGUGAAGAAGCUGAAGGAGAAGAAGGACGAGCUGGACUCGCUCAUCACGGCCAUCACCACCAACGGCGCCCACCCCAGCAAGUGCGUCACCAUCCAGCGCACCUUGGACGGGCGGCUGCAGGUGGCCGGCCGGAAGGGCUUCCCCCACGUGAUCUACGCCCGGCUCUGGCGCUGGCCCGACCUGCACAAGAACGAGCUGAAGCACGUCAAGUUCUGCCAGUUCGCCUUCGACCUCAAGUACGACAGCGUCUGCGUGAACCCCUACCACUACGAGCGCGUGGUGUCGCCAGGCCUGGGUCUGAGCAUCCAGAACACAGCCCCCCCUGCCCGCCUGGUGAAGGAGGAGUUUGUCCAUGACUGUGUCCAGAUGGAGGUGCCCACAGGGCUGGGCUCCCCCGCCAGCGACCACGGCCCGGGGGCCAAGCUCCCACCCCGGGGAAUGGCCCCCGCCGAGUCCUACCGCCAGCCACUGCCCCCCCUCCAGCUGCCCGAGCCCCCCCGCGCCCCCGUAAACAUCUACCCCGCCCUGCCCAUGUCACCCACGGCAGUGGCCCCCGGGGGCCCCCUGCUGUCCAUGGCACAUGGCGAGGGACUGCAGCAGAUCGGCUCCCCGCACCAGCCCAUGGCGCCCACCCCACCCCCAGCCCCACCAGCCUCGCAGCAGAACGGCUACCCCGCGCCCCCCAAGCAGUCCUACCACAACACGACAGCCAGCUGGACGGGGAGCAGCACAGCGGUCUACACCCCCAGCCUGGGGGGCCAGCAGCCCACCCCCGCGCCGCCCCCUCCACCGCCGCCGCAGCAGAACGGACGGAGCCACCCGCAGCCCCCGCUCCAUCACCCCAACCACUACUGGCCCCCGCACCAUAACGCGGCUCCCUACCAGCAGCCAGUCUCCAGCCACCCCGGGCCGGAGUUCUGGUGCUCCAUCGCCUACUUCGAAAUGGAUGUGCAGGUCGGGGAGAUCUUCAAGGUGCCGUCCAGCUGCCCCGUGGUGACGGUGGACGGCUACGUGGACCCCUCGGGGGGCGACCGCUUCUGCCUGGGACAGCUCUCCAACGUGCACCGCACGGACGCCAGCGAGCGGGCCAGGCUGCACAUCGGCAAGGGGGUGCAGCUGGAGUGCCGGGGCGAGGGCGACGUCUGGAUGCGCUGCCUGAGCGAUCACGCUGUCUUCGUGCAGAGCUACUACCUGGACCGGGAGGCCGGGCGCGCCCCCGGCGACGCCGUGCACAAGAUCUACCCCGGCGCCUACAUCAAGGUGUUCGACCUGCGGCAGUGCCACCGCCAGAUGCAGCAGCAGGCGGCCACGGCGCAAGCGGCAGCUGCGGCACAGGCCGCGGCGGUAGCGGGGAACAUCCCGGGGCCCGGCUCCGUGGGAGGCAUCGCACCGGCUGUUAGCCUCUCUGCUGCCGCCGGGAUCGGUGUGGACGACCUGCGGCGUCUCUGCAUCCUGCGUCUGAGCUUCGUCAAGGGCUGGGGGCCGGACUACCCCCGCCAGAGCAUCAAGCACACCCCCUGCUGGAUCGAGGUGCACCUGCACCGCGCCCUGCAGCUGCUGGACGAGGUGCUGCACACCAUGCCCAUGGCCGACCCGGGGCCCGUCAACUAGUGGGGCACCGCCCGGCCACGCGGCUUCCAGCCUCUGCUUUAAAGGGCCGGCGCUGCCUUCCAUCCAUGAGCGUCCGUGGGGCCUUAUCUUACCAUGUGGGGUGCCCGGACUCCCCCCUCCCCCACGAUCCUGCCCCUCCCACUGAGCCCUGAACCGGCCGCCACCCUGGAGCCAAAGCGAGCCGGCCCCAUCGGAGCGCCCCGGCUGCCGGGAGUCUCUGGGCUCUGUCGAGACUCUAGCAAGGGAGAGACUGCCCAGAUCUGCUGGUCCCCUCUGGGCUCUGCCAGGGCUCGCGGCGCGCCGACCGGCCGGGGACUGUCUAGCCUGCUGGGUCUCUUCCAGCUCGGUGAUCUAGGAGGCGUUUUAUCCUUCCCUCUCCUGCUCCAUCCACCCACCCCAUCCCUCGGGCGACACUUCCUCCUCGUCUCUCCCCUUUGCCCCACGCUCGGCCAGGCGCUGCCCUGCGGGGAGGGGGUUCUGGGCGGCUGCUCUCCCCCCCGCCCCCAUGAAAGCCCUCCCGGUCGCACUCACUUCUUGGGGUGGUUUAAUUUAAAUUGUAAUAAAAAGCCAAAUAACGAGGGCCCUACCAAAUUCAUGGCCUUGAAGAACGCGUCACGGACUGUGAAAUGUGGCCUCCCGCUGUGAAAUCGGGUCUUUUGUGUGCUUUUACCCUAUGCUAUACAAAUUUCACAGGGGAGACCAGUUCUCAGACAGGAGGGCCUGGCCCCAAAUGGAGUUGCGGGGGGCAUCACAUGGUUAUUUAAGGGGGGGGUCGCGGUAUUGCCACCCUCACUUCUGUGCUGCCUUCAGAGCUGGGCGGCCAGAGUGGGAGCAUCGCAGAAGUAGGGGUGGCAGUACCACAACCCCCCCCAUAACCUUGCAACCCCCCCUCACACACACACACACCCCUCCUGUUUGGGUCAGGACCCUACAAUUACAACACUGUGAAAUUUCAGAUUUGAAUAACUGAAAUCAUGAAAUUUACGAUUUUUUUAAUCCUACGAUGGUGAAAUUGACCAAAAUGGACAGCGAAUUUGGUAGGGCCCUACAAAUAACUACAAGUACCAAAAAUCCCAGCCCGGCACUGCCGGGGCCUGGCCUCCUUCGCCCGCUGCAGGGAGCGUGGGUAAAGGGAGAGCCUGUAACCAGUGCCCCCUGGUGGCCAGCUCUGUAGGUGCAGCUCAUUGGCCUGCCCUACAGCUCUGCCGGUCGGCUGGGUUUGCACCGUGGGGAGCGUCUCAGUCCUGGGCCAGGCGAGGGGAAGGAGCCGCGCAAGUGACGUGCUUUCCUCCCAUGCACUGGGCCCUCCGUCAGCGGGAAUUCAGACACUUCAUGUGGCUUUUUUAAUCGUUAUUUAAAUGAUCUGGGUUUUUUCCA